UCAAAAUCUACUUUACAAGAUUCCUUCUGGUUACUAGCUCUAUCAUUCCGAAAUAUUUCUGUCACACUUUUAAGUCUAAAUCAAUUUGAGAUUUCAGUGUUUCUGUUCUAUAUUAUGCAAAGAGAGCUACAUGGUCUAAGAAAAGCCUUUGAGAAAUGGAAAAUUUUGUGCUGUACGAAGAAUUGGGCAGGGGAGACCACUCCAUCAUCUAUAAGGGUAGAAGGAAGGGAACCAUAAACUUUGUGGCCAUUCAUUGCAUAGAAAAAUGUAAACGACCAGAGGUUACCAACACGGUAAGAAUGACCCAUGACAUUAGUCAUCCCAAUGUGGUGAAGUUUUAUGAGUGGUAUGAGACCAGUAACCACCUGUGGCUAGUGGUAGAACUGUGCACUGGUGGUAGUCUAGCCACUUUGAUCACUCAGGAUAGGAAUCUCCCCGAGAGCUCCAUUAGAUCAUUUGGCAUUGACCUGGUCACUGGAAUACAUUACAUACACUCUCUAGGAAUUCUCUUCUGUGACCUUCGACCUACAAAGAUUUUACUGGAUGGUUCUGGAACCUUGAAAUAUGCAGAUUUUGGGUUAUCUAGAGUAGAAGGGGAGGUUUUAGAAGAAUUGUUUGAAAAGUUUGCUGAUGCAGGAGAAAUGUGGAGUACUGAAGCAGAUGUAGAAGAAAACCCUUUGUCAAAGAAAUACAAAACUACAGGAGCCCCCACUUACAUGGCCCCUGAAGGUCUACAGUCACAUGAAAUCACAAUACUCAGUGAUCUUUGGUCACUUGGCUGUGUACUGUAUGAAUUGUUUACUGGUCAUCCUCCAUUUUUAGCUGAGUCUUUUCAACAGUUGAAAGAGAAAAUUUUACACAAAGAUUUACCACCCCCUAAAGUAAAAGGUAGUAGAUUUUCAUCUAAACCCUCCCCAGAUUUCCAUAGUCUGUUGGAGGGACUUCUACAGAAAGAUCCAGAUAAAAGAAUGGGAUGGCCUGGUUUAGUGAACCAUCCUUUCUGGCAGGGUCGACUGAGUCACCUUGCCAAAGACCUGGUGACCUCUCAAGAGGUCAGAAGUAGCAUUGUUAACACGGGAAGAAGUAGUGUUCUAGUGGAGGGUACAGCCUCCGUCCUGGGCAAAAUCAAAACUGUGGAUCUCAAGAAAAGCAUGGACCGACCGGUAUCAACACUUGAAACAGAGGGAACAAGACCAGGUUCGACAAUGGGAGAUUACAUGAGACCAAAGACAGCUCCUGGCAACGAGGGAGGAUCCACUCUGUUUACAUUGAGUACCAGACCACCCACUGCUGUUCCUCCUGAUGAAAAAUUAGCCCCCACCCAGAAACCUACUCAAUCCCCUCUAUCAACACGGGAGGUACGGGAGACUAUCGGAACUACGGGUGGGGAAUCCCAAGCUGACGAGACGAAGAAUGAAGCCCUGGAGCUCAUCUUCCAUCAUAGUGACUUCCACAUUACUCCCAUUGUGGACAAUACUAAGAUUCAUAUGCAUGCUCAUCAUAAGACUAAGAUUCAAAAACCAAGUACUGCAAAAUAUGACUCCAAAAUCUUGCCAGUUCCACCAUUCUCUGCUGAAAAAAUGGCAACCAUGGUAGAUAAAGAGUUAUCCAAACAUAUGAAGGCCAUCAGUGAUGGACUGUCAAUCAAUGAGAAAGGCCCACCCUCGCAGAAAAGGAUCCACCUCCUUCACUAUCUUACAGGGCUGUCCACCAAUUCUCAGGUGGCCACACAGCUGACUCGAAGUAACAUUUUGUCUGUCCUUGCCAAAGUUGUGAAAGAAACACAGCAUCUGGAUGUGAAAACCAAAGCAGCUCGUGUGAUUGGCCUGAUUGCUGGAAAUGCAGAAGAUCUGGACGAGAGUGUCAACGUAUCAGAGUCCAUUGCCAUACUGACAGAGGUCAUCAGGGAGAACGUGAAGAAUGGGAAACUAAAGCAGGGGGUUCUACCAGCCGUCGGGGAGCUCCUGUACUUCAUAGCUCAGCAGGAAGUAAAGUAUAGGAAAACUUGCGAUAACUGGAAUGUGCCAUCUAUGACAUACACAGUGAUCAUUAGAAGCUGCAGAGAGGGGGAGGAUGCUGUUGUGAAUCACAUAGCAGCAAAAUCUGUGGAGAAUGUGGUGGCCACGCAGGGUGCUCAUGCCCAGAAAUUUGUCAGCAAUGAGAUGGGUCAAUCCUUGUGGUACAUCUUCAAACACUCCACCGUGGAUUCACUUCGAAUCACAGCACUUAGUGCCCUCUGUAGAAUUACCCACCAUAACCCCCAAGUGUUCCAGAGUGUUAUUGAUACAGUUGGCAUGACAACCAUUUUAUCUGCACUAUCUUUUGGAAUCACCAGAAUUCAGCAGUCCAUUGUAACUAUGUUUGGAGCACUGAUUGCCUCUGGGCAGCAUCUCAACAGGAUGGUUCAGGAUAAGGACUUCCUCCAGAAAUUGAUUCGAUUACUGGAUUCUCCAUCUGUUGUUAUCAGAGCAAAAGCUUUUGUUGUCAUCCAUGAAGUUGUCAAAAACAACUAUGAUCUCAUGCUAAACAGCUGUCAAUUAAGGUUGGUGAUGUACCUGGAGAGGGACAGUCGUCGCCAGACUCCGAGGGACGGGAAGGUGGAGAAUAAUGGCUCGGACUGUGGGGAGUACCUGAUGCAGUGUCUGGAUCUACUCAUCAAUCACAUUGUGGAUGUUGUUCCUAAGUUAUUUAAAGAGAUAGUUUCAUCAUUGGAUGCUGUAAUGGGGAGGAAGCACCCCAAUGCUGUCCAGGCUAAACAACUGCGUGCUUCUCUUCCCCUUGUACAUGUGUUUCUACACCUUGUCACUAGUCAGGUUUUCAGACCUAAGAUUGUAAAUGAGGAAUUCAUUAAAAAUCUUUCAUCUUUGCUGUCUCAUAUCAGAAGUAUUGAAUCAGGGGAGACAAAUAUAGAGGGAGCUAGUGCGGACAAACUGAAAGGAGCUAUCACACCCUCGGAGUUUGUGACUACCACCAUGUCAGUCCUGGAGGGACUAUCCCAGCAUCCCCAGAUCAUUGCUGAUUACCACCAAGUCACCUUGGAAAAUAUUCUACCCAUAAUUGCUGAUUUAGUACUCAGUCAGAAUGGGGAGACUAGAGCGUUAUCUCUGCGGAUGUUUUCUGAGAUCGCUUCGGUGUAUCUGAAUCAAGAACAGUAUGCUGGAGGAGAGAAAAAGAUGAAUGUGGCAGGACUUCACAAAAUCAUCACAGAAAGACUACUUCCACAGUUUGAACAAAUUUUGUUGGAUCAGGAGCCCCUGCCCAGCUGUGGACUGAAGCUUCUACUCACCCUUCUGGACCAGAAUGGGGGAUUUAUCAAACAGUUCGAACAGAUGGGGCUGGUGUCAGUCAUAUUCCAAGUCAUGAUGGAUCAUCAAAGUAACCCCCUAAACAGCUCCAUGCAGAGUAUAGCAGGAAUACUGAAUUGUCUGGUGGCUCACAAAGAUACCAACAUGAAAGAUCUGUAUGACCAAGGUUUGAUAGACUAUUUCACCACCCUGUUUUUCGAUGUAACCACUGCCUGUCUGGACACGGAGGAUCACAAUGACAACAAAGUGGCUCUGUCUAUGUUACAGAACCUUCUGGAUACCUUGCACAGUAUGUUCAAAUAUGUCUCCGAAGUCGUCAGAAAAGCACUGCAGAAUAAGAGGGCAGGGAGUGAAACUGGAAAUCGAGAGGCGGAGGAAGCAGAGCAGCUCUUACUGACAAAUAAAUCUCUCACCGAUCUCACGACUAUCCUCACUCAACUGCUGUGUUUUGAGGACACUGAUAUUCAGGACUUCUCCACUAAGUGUCUUUCCCUGUUAGUCCAGCUGUUCGGAGGGGAGAAUAAAGACGCCAUGACUCCAGAAAACAUGGAGUAUUACAGCAAGGCUCUGAAGAAAGCUGAUGCCAAGAAACAGAAAGUAUUGUUAAGGAUUAUUAAAAGAUUGCUUAGUACUGAAAGAGUGCAUGUAGAAUCCAUGAAACAAAAUGGAGAAGCUCUUGCCAAUACAAUUAGAAAUCUGGUCCAAACUGCCAGUUCCCAUGCUGAUGUAGCCAUUUCCUCUCUGGCAGCUGAUAUAUUAAGAAUGACUGGCCAUUUAAAAUAAACAUAUCAUAAGCCACACCUCUAGAGCUUAUACAUACGGCCUGUUGAGCUUAUACAUUCCACAGUUUUAUUUGAAUUUGCAUUAAAAAAUGAAUCGCUUUUAAUUGUUGGAAUUCAAAAUAUGUGGACAUUAAAGUAUCAAUGCACUGCCUCAAAUAAUGUAUAUGUAUUCGUGUAACAUGUAUAUUUUUGUUUGGUUUAUUAUCAAUGUCAAAAUGCUAUACAUUGUUGGAAUUCAAAAUAUGUGGACAUUAAAGUAUCAAUGUACUGCCUCAAAUAAUGUAUAUGUAUUUGUGUAACAUGUAUAUUUUUGUUUGGUUUAUUAUCAAUGUCAAAAUGCUAUACAUUCCGUCCUUCUUGAAUAAAUGAAUAGAGAAUA